AUGGGCGCUUCGUCGUUGCCCCCGGCCUGGCAGCUCUACCUCAAGGACCACCGCAUCUCUACGUUCAAGAACUGGCCGUUCUUGGAGGGCUGCGCCUGCACCCCGGAGCGGCGUGGCAGCGAGACGUCCGCGAGGCGGGAGAACGAAGAUAUGUACCAAUGUCGCGGCAGGGUGCACCGGGACCUCCCGCUGGCCCUGUGCACUUCGCACUGCGCUCCGGAAGCCGAGGGAGGCGUGUCCGUGAGAGAGGAACAUAAGAAGCAUUCAUCUGGUUGUGCCUUUCUUUCUGUCAAGAAGCAGUUUGAAGAAUUAACCCUCAGUGAAUUUUUGAAACUGGACAAAGAGAGAGCCAAGAACAAAAUUGCAAAGGAAACCAACCAUAAACAGAAAGAAUUUGAAGAGACUGCAAAGAGGGUGCGCUGUGCCAUUGAGCAGCUGGCGGCCCUGGAGUGA